UACUCGCUGGACUGCUGCUCCUUGUCUUUUACCACCCCCCAACCUUCGAAAUGCUCCACAUGGGCAAGACCAAGUGGCAGAAGAUCAAAGCCCUUGACUUCGGCGGCAUCUUCAUCUUCAUGGCAGGCGAAGUGCUCUUCCUGCUCGGCAUCAACUGGGGCGGCCAACUCUACCCCUGGAAAUCCGCCCAAGUCAUCGUCUGCAUCGUGCUCGGCUUCUUCAUCAUCGUCGCGCUGGUCUUCUACGAGGCCUUCGUCCCGGCCGACCCCCUCAUCCCCGUCUCCCUACUGCGGAAUGUCCAGUUCAUGAUGUUCGUCGUCUGCGCCUGCAUCGGCGGCAUGAUCUACUACGCCCUCGGCAUCGUGUGGCCCCAAACGGUCGCGACCCUCUUCACCACCGACCUCAUCCACCAAGGGUGGCUCUCCGUGUCCGCAACCGGCGGCAACCAGCUCGGCAACAUAUGCUGCGGGCUUGCCUUCGCCCCGAUCGGCCACGUCCGCUACCAGCUCAUCAUCGCGGCCAUAUGCAUGACCGCCUUCGUCGCCUCGCUAGCCAGCACGACGCAGCACUCCCAGUCCCGCUCCAUCGCCCUCUCCAUAGUCGGGACCUGGUUCGCCGGCUUCGUCGAAGUCAUCCCCAUCGUCUCGAUCCCGUUCACGACGGCGCCUGAGGACAUUGGCCUCGCCAUUGGCGUCAUGGGCGCCAUCCGCGCGUCAGCCGGUGCAAUUGCGACGGCCGUCUACGUGUCUAUCCUCAAUAAUCGCGACACGACGCUCUCCGCGAAACUCAUCCCCGCUGCUGUGCUCGAGGCCGGGCUGCCCGCGUCCUCGCUGCCUGCACUGUUCAAGGCGAUUGCGGCGGGCACAGCGGACGCGUUGGCGGCGGUGCCGGGGUUUAAUGCGGCGGUGGGCGCGGCGCUGACGCUGGCGGAGAAGAACGCGUUCUCGGGCGCGAUAAAGACUGUGUUUUUGGCGACGAUUUCGUUUGGGAUGUGUGGGGUUAUUGCGAGUCUAUUUGUCAAGAAUAUCGAUCAUUUGCUGACGGGAGAUGUGGUGCGGAAGUUGCAUAGGCGGAAUGUGAGGGAGAUUCAUGAGGCGGUUGUAGACGAUGAGGGGGAGGUGGAAGGGAGAGAGAAGGGAGCUGGCGCGGGUGUGGAGGCGGUCUGAUGGGGAGCUGGAGGGGGUUGGAAUUUACAGUGACAGGUCGUAAGACUGUGCACACGCAUUUACCACCACUUGGGGUACCCCCAUGGAUUUUCAAAAACCUAGGCGCAAUGUCAAGUAUCAAGUAGUGCAAAUUAGACACUUGACUGACUGGCUGUUUACCAGCUGGGCUACUCCUCACAGUGGUGUUGAGUGAGCAAGAUUAGAGCUAAGCAGUGAUAAAUCCGUGCGCCCAGACUUAUGACCUAGUACUGUACUUAGUAUUUGGAAGUAUGUGUGAUUGUCAGGACGUGAUACGUUUGGGAGCAUCACUUACUGGCAUAGUCUUCCACACUCAUAAGAUUGCGAUAUAUGUCCGCAAUU